AUGAUCGAGACCGAAAACCUGCGUACGGCGUCGCUGUACAUCAAUAACCAGCUCUUGUCCCGCGGAUUGCUCCGAGAUGGCCAGAGCAUUGACUUUGCGGACCCUAGCAGAGGCGGAGAUGUUGCUGCCACGAUGGGCAAGGUCAUGAGCGUGAAGCGCAUACAUGAUUCUGGCCUUCUGUUUGCGACUAGCGAUGCUGACGAUCACAUCAAUCGACAGCGCGACGCUGAGCACCGGGAAUCGCUCUCUACCACCUUGCGCACCGUUCGCGCCGAAUCUCUGAAGCAGACCAACGAUCUGCAACGGCUGCAAGAGAAGUACGCCGAGACACAGCGCAAACUGAACAUCAGCACAGCAGCUGAAGAGUCCCUGCGCGCUCAACUCCGUGCUGCCGAGGCAGGCGCUGCCCGACUCAAAGAUGAGGCUGCUAAGGCCAAGGCACUUUGUGCUCAGACACGCGCGGCCUGUGCCAACGAAGUACGGAAGAGGGACCGCCAGAUUGAGGGCCUGAAGAAGGCAGUCGCAGAUGCCGGCAGGGCGCGGGGCGAGCGCAGGAACCCGGGAAUAACCACAAUCACGGUGACAGGUGAUAUCGGCGGUGACGAGACCGCUGACAUGAGCCCGACGCCGACCAACUUGAGCCCGGAACAAGAGGAAGAGUACGAUAUGCUGAGGCAGGAGACGAACUCGUUCCUUGCCGAGCUGGCGCGAAACCUGAGCGAGGAGAACGAAACACUGGUUGCUUUGGUGAAGAAGACGACCCAGAGUUUGAAGGAGAUGAGCGGCUUCUCUGACCGAGACGGCGCCGCUGAAGGGGAUGGCCACGUAGUAUCGCUGAGGCCGAACCCCGAGGAGAUGGCAGCCGAGGUUGACGCACUAUUGGAGCAUCUGCGCACCAUCCUGACCAAUCCUUCGUUUGUGCCGAUUGAGGAGGUGGUUGUGCGCGACGAGGAGAUUCAUCGUCUCCGUGUUGGCUGGGAGCAGAUGGAGAGCCGGUGGCAGGAGGCGGUGCAUUUGAUCGACGGUUGGCGCCGUAGGAUGGCACUUAGUGGACGUCCGGUCAACAUGGAGGAGCUCAAGAUGGGCUUACGGCUCAGUCCUGUGCGCGUCAAGGACGUCGCAGAGACUUCACAGGGCCUUGGACCUCGUCUUGCCACUCUCCAGGAGGAUGAGGAGAUCAGCGAGAUGAUGCAGCAGUCUCCCAGCCCUUCAGAUUCGCUGCAUCUUGUGCCUGCACCCCCGCAUUACGAUGGCCUUGAGGAUAGCGACUCCGAGUCUAGCAUCUUUGAGGACGAUGUCGACAUGGGUGAGCUUGAAAGAGACGAGCCUAACGUGCAAGUCUUGGCACAGUCUACGAUGCUGCCGCCAUCACUCCCUUCGUCACCACUGCCUCCACCUCCCGAACUCAGCCCGCUGAAGGAUAACUACUCGUCGGGUAACAAGGGUGGCUUGAGUGCUGUUGCAAGGGGUGAGAAGCCGCGGAGGCGGCCGGGAGACUUCACCACGAUCGUCGAGGAGAAGACGGCCGAGGUCGCCGCCGCAAAUAUCCAGGAGAUGCCGCCACCGCCUCCUCCGCAUGCCGACAAGAAAAGGCCCGAGCGGCCUGCACCUGUCGAGCGGAAGAAGGCUGUCGAGCCGGCAGCACCCCCCAAGAUUGCCGCUCCGCCUCCUUGCCAGAUGCCUCUGGCUGAUGCUCGACGCCCGGCAUCAGCUGCCUCGAGCUCGUCUGUGGAUGAGCUCAGCCUGGCCAAAACAACAGAGCCUUCGCCAUCGACGCGGCCGGCUUCCAGACAGCCUGUCAAGAAGGUCGCUUCCACUGCGUCGCUGAAACAGCGACAACAGCAAGGUAGGCAUGCGUCGCCCAGGGACAAGGCAGAAGCUCCAGCUCCACCAAGGCAACAGGCGUCAACCCUCCGCCCGUCAUCACGGACAGCCACGGCAGCGACGAGCAACACGAGGACAACCACAAGGCCUACCCGCCCGACCACCACGACGCGCGGCCGGGACGAGACAGCUCGCAAGGAGCUACCGGUGCACUCGGCAAGACCCUCAGCUCCUCCUCCCAAGUCUGCCACCAAAGCUUCCCCUUCCAGUGCCGACGCGCCCAGGGACGAGGCGGCGGAACUGGCAUUUGCGCAGCCUCCAGCAGCCACGUCUUCCUCCUCAUCCAGCUCCGAAAUGCCACCGCCGCCGGUUCCCGCCGCAGAGUCCGGGUCGCGCUCGCGUUCCCGCUCCCCGGCCAAGGUCAACUCGCGUCUUCCGCGCGCCGCUAACGCCGCCGCGGCCGUACCGCAGAGCCCGGCCCUGACCACCGCCAACAUCGCCGCCAAACUCGCAGCCUCGGAGCGCGAUGCUGACGCAGCCCGUGUGCGGGCCAAGCUGCGGGCGGCGCGUCUCGGCCGACAGCACGUCGGCGCUGCUGAUGCGGCCACCUCAGCCGCUGCGUCUGAGGGGAAGAAGCCCGCGAGGAGCAGCGCGGAAGAUAUCGCUGGUGAUCCCGUCAAGAAGAGGAGCGGGCCUCGGGAGUCCGCUGGCACCACCAACGUUGAGGAGACUGAGGUGGCGCCGCCGGCGGAGGAGGAGGUCGCGACGACGGGUGGAGAAGAUCAAGGAGAGCCGGAGCUCAAGGUGGAGAAGCCGCGGAAGCGGGAGAGGAGGGUGAGCAAGGCGGCGUCGCGGCGGCGGAGCACGCUCAACCCCUGGGAGCUGGAGAGCUUGAUUACUGGUGGUGCCGGGGUGCCGGCUGGGUGA